GUUUCAUUUCUGACAGGUUUUAGAUACCUGAAACAUCGCAACAGCUUCUGGGUGGUUCUGAGGAUUAAAGAGGUUGGGAAGUUGCUAUGUUAAUGCUGCUUGUCUUUGGAGUAUUAUUUCAUGACGUCCCACUGAGUGGCCAGGAGGAGGCUUCUCCCGAGGGUGAUGGCAUUCCAGGCGAACCUCUGUUUAACUACACCAGCAUCCGCCUGCCGGAAGAGCACAUUCCCUUCUUUUUGCACAAUAACGGGCAUAUUGCCACGGUCUGUAAGAAAGACUCACACUGUCCUUAUAAGAAACACUUAGAAAAUCUAAAGUACUGCUGGGGUUAUGAGAAAUCCUGCAAACCAGAGUUCAGGUUUGGUUAUCCUGUCUGCACCUAUGUCGACAUGGGAUGGACGGACACUCUUGAAUCCGCCCAGGACCUAUUCUGGAAACAAGCUGACUUUGGAUACGCUGGAGAACGGCUGGAGGAACUACAUGUGCUCUGCCAGCCUAAGGAAAUGAAUGACUCAAGUCUGGUAUGUUCCCGUUAUCUUCAGUAUUGCAGAGCAGCCAAUCUUUAUCUUGAUUUAAGAAACAUCAAGAGAAACCACGACAGAUUUAAGGAAGAUUUUUUCCAGAGUGGUGAAAUUGGAGGACACUGUCAACUUGAUGUUCGUACGUUGAUGUCUGAAGGUCAGCGCAAAAGCCCUCUGCAGUCUUGGUUUGCUGAGCUCCAAAGCUACACUCAGCUCAACUUCAGACCUAUAGAAGAUGCUAAAUGUGACAUUGUUAUUGAAAAGCCAACCUACUUCAUGAAAUUGGAUGCAGGCGUUAACAUGUAUCACCACUUCUGUGAUUUUAUCAAUCUUUAUAUUACUCAGCACGUUAAUAAUUCAUUCAGUACAGACGUGUAUAUCGUGAUGUGGGACACCAGCUCCUAUGGAUAUGGUGACCUGUUCUCCGACACAUGGAAAGCAUUUACUGAUUAUAAUGUUAUCCAUUUGAAAACUUACGAUUCCAAAAGGGUAUGUUUUAAAGAAGCUAUUUUUUCAUUGCUCCCUCGAAUGAGAUACGGGCUGUUCUAUAAUACCCCUCUGAUAUCUGGCUGUCAAAAUACUGGAUUAUUCAGGGCAUUUUCCCAGCAUGUACUACACAGACUGAACAUCACACAAGAGGGACCCAAGGAUGGAAAAAUUCGAGUCACCAUCCUUGCACGGAGCACAGAAUACCGGAAAAUACUAAACCAAAAUGAGCUUGUAAAUGCACUGAAAACAGUAUCUACAUUUGAAGUCCAGAUCGUCGAUUACAAGUAUAAGGAACUUCGGUUUUUAGAUCAGCUAAGGAUCACACAUAACACGGACAUAUUUAUUGGAAUGCACGGAGCUGGUCUUACCCAUUUACUUUUCCUUCCAGACUGGGCUACUGUGUUUGAACUGUACAACUGUGAAGAUGAGCGCUGUUACUUAGACCUGGCCAGGCUGAGAGGGGUCCACUACAUCACUUGGCGAAGGCAGAACAAAGUCUUUCCUCAAGAUAAGGGCCACCACCCAACUCUGGGGGAGCAUCCGAAAUUUACCAACUACUCUUUCGAUGUAGAAGAAUUUAUGUACCUUGUCCUUCAGGCUGCAGACUACGUAUCGCGACACCCAAAGUGGCCAUUUAAGAAACAACAUGAUGAGCUAUAAAUACGUUGACUCUUUUGCAAAAAGGGAGUGUUCAAACGCUCCACCACCCAGACUCACAGUUCAGUCAGUAAACAACCUGUCAUUUCCUAGCCCCAAAUUACCUUUUCUAUACCAAAACAUGCCUUCAGGAUAUUACUUAUGUAUUUUAUAGUCUUUAACUGUUUCAUGUGAUUUUUGUGUCAUUGCUAUUUAUCAAGAUACUAUUUUUGCACUGAACAUUUUACUUUUUAUAGAUCAAAAAUUGGGCAUGGGCUCACUAGUGUAAUUUCUUCUUAGGGAUACCAAAGUUUUCAACUUUCUUAGCUUUAGAAUUUGUAAAUGUUUUUGUAGAAUCGCAUGGGAUUGUAACUUCAGAGUGUUCCAACUUAUUUAUGAUGUCCCUGAGUAAAUUCACAACAGCUCUUUUAUUUGCCAUAAUCUGUUCAUAACACUGUGUUAAGAAAGGAAAACAUACACAACACAGCACACACACGAGUUGUGAUUCUCAGUACCAAGCUAUAGGACCAUGUUUUGGAUCAAACAGUGUUAUAAACAGAUCUGUUUUACUCUAUUGGUCAGAGUGCAAACUAACUUCCACUGAAUUCUCUGCUAUAUCUUUUUAGUCAACUCCAUCUUAUAUGCAUCAAGAACCUGAAUAAACCGUGGUGCUGCAUUAAUUUAUAUUCACAUAUUUCAUAUGCAAAUCUUGUUUUCCCAAAAUGUAACAACUACAUGUGAUAAAAACAAAUUAGAAGAUUUUUUAGGACUGUUUUGUGUACCUGCUAGCUGGUUUCCACUGGUUCCUUCUUAGCUGUGGAGAUCAUUAAUAUAUCAAAUCGUGGUUUCCGUUGUUUAUGUAUUUAUAACUGCAUAUACCUGUGUGUAUGCGCCUACCUCUUGUGCAUGGAAAUAUUCCUACCUUUGAGUUUGCAAACUUCAAAUUAGCCACAUGAAGAGAAUUUUUCCCUAUAAAAAAGUAAAGCCAAAAAAAAAAAAAAAAAGGUAAAGAUACAUGUGAACUAUCCAAUUCAAAAUGAAAAAGAAACCAUAAGAACCUGCCAUUGAUUAAAAAGAAUAUCUGAAAUGCAGUCUCACUCUUUGAAUGGGAUUCCUUUCUUUCUGUUGAUGAACUUUCUAUUUAGCAGUAAAAAACUAUGAAUUUAUUUUACUGCAAAAUGUGAAGUUUACACUUUAUUAACGCUUGAGUAGUCUAAUUGAGAGACUAGUGACUUGUAUUUUUUAAAGUACAUAAAAGAUUAGUAGAUGACAGCAGAGCUAAGAAUUUUUUUUUUUUUUUUACAUUUUAUAGGUGUAAAAAAAAGAAGAAUAUGCAACAGAGAGGUGACCCAAGAAACCUAAAAUAUUUAUUAUCUGGGCCUUUACAGAAUAAGUUUGCUGACUUCGGCUUUAAAGGAUUAUGAACAGUCUUCUAGGGUUUAGGAAUAUUUAUUAAAAUAUCUGUAAAAAAAAUAGUGAAUCACUGUAGCAAUAGCUUUGAUUUGGAUCUGAAAAUUGUGUAAAAAGAAUUACAACAUAAGAAGUUGUAAAUGAGUGGUAUUGCUGCUGUUCUCUGUGCAGAAUACUGAGUACCUGCUAGGUUAUUUCACAUAAAAGGAUUCCUAAAGGCAAUCUUGCACUUUUAGUCAGAAAGGUAUAAAUACCUGAAAAAAUUAUCUGAAAAAAAAAAUUAUCUUCUUACCUCAUUUUAAGAAGCUUAUUGAAAUGUGAUUCUAUAGAUUAGUGAGAAUUUUAGAAAUUGAGAACAAUUUCAUAAUAUAACUAUUAUAUUGAAUAUUUUGCAUUUAAAAAGAAUACAUUUUAUGUAAACAAGAAAGUACAUUUGAUACUUUAUGGAAUUAACUUUUAUCAGACUUUUUUAUGGGAGCAAAAGAAGGUCUUCAAAUUGUUAUAAAGUUUAAAAUGUAAAGACUGCUCGUUUUAUUAACUCUUUUAAAAGGAUGCAUUUCAUUGUAAAUUUGGGGUAUGGCUUUGGAAUAAAUAUAUUUUAUUUGAGUA